CAUUGCAAGACGUCAUCACAUUGCCACAACUUCCUGUUUGCGUUCCAACAACUCCUGACUGAGUAAUAAUGGCUGAAUUAAACCGACAACUCCAGGAAUAUUUGGCCCAGUCUAAAAGCGGUGCGAAGACGAUAUCACAGUCCAGCUCCAGCACCACCAUAGACAUCGAUGGGCCCGCGACGGUACCGGGGAGCUGGUUCGGCCAGUGGUCGAGUCCGUUCUCUGGCUCCAGCAGUCGUGGAGCUUCAUCAGGCCAGGGAUCAAGCAGCGGCUUCUCCUGGCCUUGGUCAUCAGAACCGGACCCGUGUUUGCCGGGCAUGAGUCGAUCCCAGCGACUAAUCGCGUUUGGGACGUGUAUCUUCUUCUCGGCUCUGUGCUUCGGACUGUCAGCGCUGUACGCUCCUUUGCUCCUGCUGAAAGCGCGCAAGUUCGCCCUUCUCUGGUCGCUCGGCUCCGUGUUCGCGCUGCUUGGUGCGGCCAUCCUCCGCGGACCGAGUAAACUCAUCGCGACUCCCACACCGGGAGCAGCCGUGUAUUUGUGCUCUCUGGCGGGCACCCUGUACGCGGCGCUGAGCCUUCACAGCACGCUGCUCACCGCUCUCGGAGCCUGCCUUCAGAUCGCUGCUAUUGUGGGUUAUAUCGUGGCUUUGGUGCCAGGUGGGAGUACUGGCAUGAGAUUUGUGGGUGGCAUGGCUGCAUCGGCUAUCAAAAGAACUGUGAGCGGCAAGACUAUGCCGAUAUGAGCGCGGACUUUACGGACUGUACAAGUGCUGCUCCGUGGAAAUGUUUGUUUACACACUUUUAGAGUGACUUGUACUACCACGUUUGACUCUUGCUGUGGACAGAACCAAGCAGCAUUCAUAUGGAUGGGGAGAUCCAAACUUUGUAACUUGCACUGUGACAGUUACCACACACUGAACUUAUUCUGUGUAAAUACAUCAAAUGCAACUAAAUGCCCCCCCCCCCGUUAAUAAACAAUAUGAAGAUUAAUUCUGUGCUCACUCAGCUGACUAAGUCAAGCCCUAUGAGGUAUGUUGACAGAUCAAUGCCAAGGAUGUAACCAAAAUUAUUCGAUUUUGUGGGACCAAAUAAUACAGUUGAAUCCAUCAUUGAAAGAUUCACAGUGAUACACUAGAGAUUGGGAUCUGUCGCUUUCAGGACAGAUCACUUUUGCACCUGCUGACUGCCUUUUAAUCACAAGAGAUUUCUUGGAUAAAAUGGAUCAUUCACCCAAAAAUGACAAUUCUGUCAUAAUUUACUCACCCUCAUCACAUUCCAAACCUGUAUGGCUAAUGCAAAAACAGAAGGACUCGGUCUGCCUUUUAAAACAGACAGCAGUCGCUAGUGCCUUAAUUUAAAGCUUAAAAAGUAAAGACGGACUGCGAUAAUCAUUACAACAUCUCAUUUUGUGUUCUGCACAAGUCAGUCAUACGGGUUUAGAAUGACAUGAGCGUGAGUACAUUAUGACAGAACUGUCAUAUUUGGGUGAGCUGUUCCUUUAAGACUGGUCUUAAUAUAAAUUCAUCCUACAUGAAUUUUCCUCUUGGAAUCAAUAAAGUCGUUUAAAAACACUUUUGGUUUAAAUUCAAAUUGAUCUUUU